CAAAACGGACAUGAAGUUGCGCUGGCAGUUGGUCAGGAGCUGUUUACAUCAACAAUGGCGUAGCCAAAGUAAUACAGCUGCAAUUGCAGCUAACCCUAGAACUGGAGAAGCAACAGGUGCUACGGAAGUAAAACCAACAGCAAACAAAUUGACCGCACGUGAAACAUUUGUGGAGCGCGUGGUACGCGGACCCGGCCUAAAGGACUUCUUUACAGUCAAAUCUAAAAGGCAGCUGCAAAAGGAUGACGAAGAGCACAGUCACUUGUUGGAUAGUAUACCCUAUUUAAGUGAAUUAGAUUAUAGUGGACAUGGCCGACAGGUGCAUUUUGAAGUGUACGGCUGUCAGAUGAACACAAAUGACACGGAGGUGGUGUGGAGCAUACUGCAAAAGAAUGGCUAUGAACGUGCCAAGGAUGCUGCAGAGGCUGAUGUUAUAAUGUUGGUUACUUGCGCAGUCCGCGAUGGCGCUGAGCAAAAGAUUUGGAAUCGUUUGCGGCAUUUACGUGCAAUGAAAGAGCGACGAAGCAACAAACGGGCGCCACUUCAGCUGGCGAUACUGGGCUGCAUGGCCGAACGUCUAAAGGAGCGACUGCUCGAGCAGGAGCAAAGCGUCGACGUGAUUGCAGGCCCGGAUAGCUACAAGGAUUUGCCCAGAUUGCUGGCUAUUAAUCAGCACGGUAGCAAUGCAGCCAUCAAUGUGCUGCUCUCGCUGGAUGAAACCUAUGCGGACGUUAUGCCCGUGCGACUAAAUGCAGACUCCACCACCGCCUUCGUUUCCAUUAUGCGCGGCUGCGACAACAUGUGCUCCUACUGCAUUGUGCCCUUUACGCGCGGUCGUGAGCGUUCACGCCCCUUGGACUCUAUAGUGCGUGAGGUGCAAGCACUGCAAAAGCAAGGCGUCAAAGAGGUAACGUUGCUAGGCCAGAAUGUCAAUUCCUAUAGAGAUAAGAGCACGCAACAUGCAGAGCAGGUGAACAUGGCACCUGGUUUUAGCACAGUAUACAAACCCAAAGUGGGGGGAUUGCCAUUCUCCACAUUGCUUCAAAGCGUUGCUGAGGCUGUGCCAGAAAUGCGUAUACGCUUCACCUCGCCGCAUCCCAAAGACUUUUCCGAUGAAGUGCUGCAUGUUAUACGCGACUAUCCCAAUGUCUGCAAACAGCUGCAUUUGCCGGCGCAGUCGGGUAAUACUGAAGUCCUGGCUCGCAUGCGUCGUGGCUACACGCGCGAAGCUUAUUUAAAGCUGGUGGAACAUAUACGUAGCAUAUUGCCAACUGUUGGCCUGUCCAGCGACUUUAUCUGUGGCUUUUGCGGCGAAACAGACGCAGAGUUUGAGGACACCGUUAGCCUCAUUGAAGCCGUGCGUUACAACGUGGCCUUUUUGUUUGCUUAUAGCAUGCGUGAGAAGACCACAGCCCACAGACGCUACAAAGAUGAUGUGCCAGCUGAUGUGAAGAAUGCGCGCUUGCAACGCAUGGUGCAGGCUUUUCGCGCUGGCGCGUCCGAGCUACAUAAGCUUUACGUUGGACAGCAACAGCUUAUACUCAUCGAGGGCAAGAGCAAGCGCUCCGAGAGCCACUGGUUUGGACGCAAUGAGGCUAAUAUUAAGGUUAUAGUGUCUGCAGCAGAGUUACCCAUUGCCAAGACCAAUGGGAGUUUGAAACACAUAGACGUGGGCGACUUUGUUGUUGCACGCAUCGACGAGUCCAACUCGCAAGUGCUCAAGGGCACACCGCUGCAAAUCAGCAGCAUUGGUAGUUACUAUUCUAGUAUAAAUAUUUGAACUGUUUGUUUACAUAAUAAA